GCGCGGCCCUGCAGAUGAGACGAGACCUUCAGUGCGGCAUCAAUCGGAUCUCGUGAGCAUCAGCAAUGGCAGGUCGUGAUGUGCAGAAGGAACUCAAGCUGACACUGAAGUUUCAGGAGCGACGUAGCAUUGUCGGGAACAAAGAUCAUUUUGAUGUGCACCCUAGCAAGCCAUGGAUCGUUUUUUUUUCUGCUGAACACCCUCCAUGCCUUCAAGUGUGGAAUUAUGAUGAUGAGCAGCAGGUUGCCGUCCGGCCUUGUAACCGUGGACAUUAUUGUGAAGCCAAAUUCCUACCCCAGAAAGAUCAGGUAGUGGUUGCUGACGGGUACUUGGAGUGCAAGGUGGUUGUGUAUGAGAUCUUGCAAACAGCCGACCUUGAGAUGCGAGAAAUUGUCAGCAAAUCGCUGCGUUCAGAUUAUUUCGGCAGUACUUGGGCUGUACAUUCCGGAGCACAAUGCGUAGUAUGGAUUGCGAACGGACGGAAUGGUGCCCAAGCAAUUGAGUUUUGCGAUUUCGACCAGGAUUUGCACAAAUGGAAAGCGCUGGAUCCACACACCAUUGAUACAGUAACCAUUUUGCAAUUCCAUGCUCUGGAAUCGCACAUUUUUUUGACCGCGCAUAAGAAGGGGGUAGUCAAGGUAUGGGAUGCUAAGAAGAUGGCUGUCCUCCAAACAUUUGAAUCAGAGAGGCGAGUUACUUCUAUACGAUUCUGCGCUAAACCACGGAAGCCGCUUAUCAUCACGGGGCAUAAAUCUGGCAAGCUACAGGUCUGGGAUUACCACAGGAAAGAAUGUGUGACCACUUGCGAUGCACACGAAAAGGCGGUGGUGCAAGCGUUCUUCCAUCCAUAUUUGCCGUACAUCUUGAGCGCAUCCAAGGACGGGACCAUCAAAGUCUGGAGUGAUUCAAAUUAUCAGUUGAUUAAAAUGCUAUGCAGUGGCCAGGAGGUAUUGGCACAGACUCCACAGAGCAUUCUGUGUAGGAACUACAGUAUGCUGGUCCUUCCUUGUGAGAGGACAUUGCGUUUCAUUAGCAUACUCGACGUCGUAGACGACGAGUGUCCCAAGACUCCCAAGCCCGACUCAGAGGAGACGUGUUUCAUUACAAUAGAAGGUUGUCCCAAGCCCAACUUUGAGGGGAGAUUGAAAAUGGAAGUGGGAAAUGUGAGAGAAGAGUCUGCCAAGGGACUGCAAUUUGCGGAAGCAGAUGUACCGAGAAUAAAGCAGCUGGAGACCGAUUUAAGCACGUUGAAGGAGGAUAGCGAGGAGGAGAGGAGGGCACUCGAAGAGGAAUUGGAAGAAGAGAAGAGAAGGCAUGCACAACGGGUAAAGGAGCUUGAGACUGAGCUAAUCACUAUGGGGAUUGAGAGAGACAGCUCAGACAAAGAGAAGUUGGAGGUAUUUAGACGAUCAGAGCAAGAGAGGGAAAUCCAGUUAGAGAGGGUCAAGCAGCUGGAGAAUGAGGUAGGCAAUCUGUUGUCUGAAAAGGAGGCACUCAAAGAGAUAUGUGAAAAAUCAAACGUCAAGGUUCAAGAACUGGAUUGCAAGUUGAAGAUCAUGGAAGGUUGCGCAGGUCAGCGAGAGUUUUCCCUACACGAGUUGACGACUGCCACAAACGGCUUCCAUGAUAGCUGCAAACUAGAACAACGACAUUACGGAUGUGUUUACAUGGGAACGAUCGCUGUAAAGAGACUCGGGGAUGGAAACAGCGCGAAAACCUAUCAGAAUGUCCGGUUAACGAGGGAGAUUGUGGACCUGUUGAAGGCUCUUCGACACCCCCACCUCCAGACCCUUCUUGGAGUGUGCUUCGAAGAAAAUUGUCUGGUUUACGAGCAUAUGGCCGGAGGAAAUGUGACAGAAUGGAUCUCAUCCACCCAAGGAUCACAAAAGGGCUUCUUGCCAUGGCACAUCCGCCUGCGGAUUAUGGCUCAGGUUGCUCAAGCCUUGUCCUUCCUUCACUCCAGCAAGUCGCUAGCAGGUGGCCCUAUCAUCCAUUGUGCUAUCAAGCCCGAAAACAUUUCUCUGGAUAGUAAUUUUAACGCCAAGAUCAUGGAGGUUGAUAUGGCCUUGCUCGGCCAUCUGGUUACAAAUGACGGUGAAACGUGCGGUACGAAUCCGUUCGGAGAAGGCGAUGCAAAGUACAUGGCCCCAGAAUUCUUUCAAAUAAGGGUCUUCACCCCCCAGACUGAUAUUUUCGCAUUUGGCAUCACUAUCCUAGAGAUGCUCACCGGGAAGUUAACGAAUGCAUUGGGAAUCAUGGAAGAUGCACUGGAAAUUGACAAAGAUGUUGCAAUCUUCAGAAGUAUUCUUGACCCGAACGCAGGAAGUUGGGACAUUGAUCUGGCCUUGGAAGCGGCACAAGUGGGGCUGAGAUGUGCGAGCAUGAGACGCCACCGACCGAGCAUGACGACAGGUGAAGGUGCCAUUCUGCCUGAGGUGGUGCAAGCAUUCUUCCAUCCAUAUUUGCCGUACAUCUUGAGCUCAUCCAAGGACGGGACCAUCAAAGUCUGGAGUGAUUCAAAUUAUCGGUUGAUUAAAAUGGUAUGCAGUGGCCAGGAGGUAUUGUCACAGACUCCACAGAGCAUUCUGUGUAGGAACUACAGUAUGCUGGUCCUUCCUUUUGAGAGGAUAUUGCGUUUCAUUAGCAUACUCGACGUCGUAGACGAUGAGUGUCCCAAGCCCGACUCAGAGGAGACGUGUUUCAUUACAAUAGAGGGUUGUCCCAAGCCCAACUUUGAGGAAGCGGGAAAUGUGAGAGAAGAGUCUGCCAAAGGACUGCAAUUUGAGGAAGCUGUUGUACCGAGAAUAAAGCAGCUGGAGACCAAUUUAAGCAUGUUGAAGGAGGAUAGCGAGGAGGAGAGGAGGGCGCUCGAAGAGGAAUUGGAAGAAGAGAAGAGAAGGCAUGCACAACGGGUAAAGGAGCUUGAGACUGAGCUAAUCACUAUGGGGAUUGAGAGAGACAGCUCAGACAAAGAGAAGUUGGAGGUAUUUAGACGAUCAGAGCAAGAGAGGGAAAUCCAGUUAGAGAGGGUCAAGAAGCUGGAGAAUGAGGUAGGCAAUCUGUUGUCUGAAAGGGAGACACUCAAAGAGAUAUGUGAAAAAUCAAACGUCAAGGUUCAAGAACUGGAAUGCAAGUUGAAGAUCAUCAUGAUGGAAGGUUGUGCAGGUCAGCGCGAGUUUUCGCUACACGAGUUGACGACCGCCACAAACGGCUUCCAUGAUAGCUGCAAAGUAGAACAACGACAUCACGGAUACGUUUACAUGGGAACGCUCGCGGUAAAGAGACUCGGGGAUGGAAACAGCACGAAAACGCAUCAGAAUGCCCAGUUAACAAGGGAGCUUGUGGACCUGUUGAAGGAUCUUCAACACCCCCACCUCCAGACCCUUCUUGGAGUGUGCUUCAAAGAAAAUUGUCUGGUUUACGAGCAUAUGGCCGGAGGGAAUGUGAAAGAAUGGAUCUCAUCCACCCAAGGAUCACAAAAGGGCUGCUUGCCGUGGCACAUCCGCCUGCGGAUUAUGGCUCAGGUUGCUCAUGCCUUGUCCUUCCUUCACUCCAGGAAGUCGCUAGCAGGUGGUUCUAUCAUCCAUUGUGCUAUCAAGCCCGAAAACAUUUCUCUGGAUAGUAAUUUUAACGCCAAGAUCACGGAGGUUGAUAUGGCCUUGUCCGGCCAUCUGGUUACAGAUGAUGUUGAAACGCGCGGUAAGAAUCCGUUCCGAGAAAGAGAUGCAAAGUACAUGGCCCCAGAAUUCUUUCAAAUAAGGGUCUUCACCCCCCAGACUGAUAUUUUCGCAUUCGGCAUCACUAUCCUGGAAAUGCUCACCGGGAAGUUAACGAAUGCAUUGGGAAUCAUGGAAGAUGCACUGGAAGAUGACAAAGAUACUGCAAUCUUCAGAAGUAUUCUAGACCCGAACGCAGGAAGCUGGGACAUUGAUCUGGCCUUGGAAGGGGCACAAGUGGGGCUGAGAUGUGCGAGUAUGAGACGCCACCGACCGAGCAUGACGACAGGUGAAGGUGCCAUUCUGCCUGUGCUGGAAAGUAUCGCGCAUAGAGCGGAACUUGCCGGCUCGAAUGGAUCAUAGACGUAUGAAGGAUGGGCCUUUGUGAGUAACGUAGUCAUAGUUCGCCGUGCGGAGGAUCGGAGUUGUAAGGGUGUGUUGGAGAAGGACGCAUACCGCGCGGCAUAUGUUUAAUACGGAUGUCAAUUUUUUUAUUUUAUUUUUUUUCUUUUCUUAAUGAAGUCAUAGAAAAACC